CAAAUGAAACACGUGUUCGCGCAUUGGGUCUCUACGUAAACAGUCCCCUUGACACCCACACCGUGCUCAUGGUGCUUCAUCUGGCUACAGAUAAUUAAUCCAACAGGGCAGGAUAGAAAUGACAGAAUUACACAAAGUUUGCCUAAAUGAUGGUGACUCAACUCAAAAAUCAGAUGGCACAACUGCUGUGUAUUUUGGAUUUGGAUGUAUCUGAGCAGAGAAAUGCUAUAGGGAGUUUGUGUUUUUCAUUGUGUCGGACUGAGUGUGUGUGUGCGUGUCAGGAUGGUUGUAUUCUCUCUCUUGCCUUUUGGCCCAUAGGAGAGAGAGAGAGAGAGAGUGCUACGACUACAAGUCCCGAAUGACUCCCAUCCAAAACCAUGGGCAUUGUGGUGUCUAGAGUUGAUAAAUGUCGUUUGGUUUGCUCCACUGGCUUACGGGGUUCACUGAAUGUCCAGAGUAGCGCUUCUUGCAAAGAAAUUAAUGGCACAGUCAAACUUUCCCAAAAUGAAGUCACUGAAUCAUCUCAGACAAACACUGAAGCGCUUCUGAUUCCUGCUCUUCCAGAAAAGGCAAAUAUAGAGAGAGGUUAUGUGACCCCACAGCAGGUAUACAACCUUCUAAAUGCUGAAGCAGGCCAACCUUCACUGCAUGAUCCAUACUACAUACUUAUUCUGGAUUGCCGCUCUGCAGAGAGAUAUAAGCAGAGUCACCUGGUGACUGCCCGUGCCAGUGUGACAGUGAUGCAUCCAGAACUUGGCUGCUUGAUAAGCUGUGUUCAGCUUCAAGAGUUCUCCAUAAUACUGCUUUAUGCUGAAGAAGGACAAAGUCCUGUUGGCAGUCAGGAAGCACGCGCUGACUCUCCCACUCUCCAGCAGUGUUUCUUCCAGCUAAGUGCCCUGGGAAUGGACCCUGUAAUCCUCCAGGGGGGAUAUUCUGCUUUUCACUCUCUGUAUCCCUUCCUGUGCACUCCUCGCAUGGUCCUCCUAGAGUCAGAGCGUCAAUCCCUCACCAUCUAUCCCUCUGAAAUCCUGGAGGAGGCGCUGUACCAGGGCUCUGCUUUGCAAGCACAUGACUACCGCAUCAUCAAAAACCUCCACAUCACCCAUGUUGUCAACGCGACGGCCGAAAUCUCUGAUGCCUUCCCGAGUGUUUUACAUUACCUUCGACUACGGCUAAGUGACGACGCACAGCAGGAUCUUCGGCAGGCCCUUCCAGAAGCCUCUCGAUUCAUAGCUGAGGCCUUGCGGGGGGCAGCGGGGUCACCGGGUGGCCGGGUGUUGGUGCACUGCAGUCUCGGCCGGAGUCGUAGCUCGGUGCUGACGUUAGGCUUCCUGAUGGAGCAUCGUCGUUGGUCUCUGUUACACGCUUUUCGUUGGCUAAAGGAAAGACGAGGUUGUGCCACCCCAAAUGCUGGAUUUCUACGGCAACUAUCUGACCAUGAGGAACAGCUGUUUGGUCAACGUCUCACCUCACUGGAUGACAUCUGUCUCUGAGAGAUGUUGAAGGUUGGGACAAGUUUCUAAGAAUAUAGUUUGAUAUUCUGCCCAGGACCUGUACUAAGAUGCGAUCUUUGGUUGGAAAUGUGGUUAUCUUUUCAUUGGACCGGGAAAGAGGUGUCAGAAGCUUCUGGAGGGACACAAGGAAAAUCAAGGGGGCAGUGCCCCUCCUAGCACCCCCCUACCCCAACGCUAGUCCCGGCCAUGAUUCUGCCAAUAUUUUUCAUGGAUUACUUAUUUUAUUGUUGCUUUCUAGUUUUCUGUUAAGAUGUUGUGGGCAGGGGGAAUAAAGGUGUCAAAAUGAAUUUGUGUCUAACUUAGGUUUUAUCUGUUAAGAAAUAAAUGUUUUGUUUUCUUCCAAUAAGAGAGGGAUCUAUUGGCCAAUAGAGGUAGUGAAGUCGCUAAAACACAUCAUGCCGAAAACAAGUUUGAAUCAGCUGAAUAAAUACAAAGUGCACAGAACAUACACAGUGUUUGAUCUUUUGCUGCCCUUAAUGAUUUACACUGAGAACUGGGAUGAAGAGAAUAGUCUUUUGGCAGUGCUCCAAAGUUACAGUAGUAUGUGUCAGAUGUUUGGCACAUACAGGCAGGAAUUUACUCACAGAGAAGAAAGCAUGGUUAUUUCAAUGAUCAUUUCUUGGGGACAAAACACUGGUGAAAAACAAAACCAGAAACACUUGUAAAAUGGAAAAAAAGUCAGAAAGAUAACUUUAUUUGCCAACGUGUUUCGGCACACAGGCCAAAAACAUUAAAGACUAAACAUUGGGGACAAAACAUUAAAGAUAAUCAACAAAGGAUCAUGCUCCAGAAAGGAUUUAUUUCCUUUUUAUUUUAUAAUUGAGCAUUUAAAUAAAAAGGUCAAUAUGGAACAACAUCUUCAUUCGAUUCCCUCGCAUUGCUCAAUGUAUA